AUGGAUUUCUACAAUUGCUUGUAUAACUUGUAUUAUAUUUUUGACUCAAUCCUAUGUCUAUAUAAACAUCAAUGGUUGCAAAAGCAAUUAUACAGAAGAAGUGAGAAUUGUUCAACCAUGGCUGCCUUUCUCCUUCUCAUUCUUGUCUUUCUCACUCACUCCCAAUUAGGACUCAAUCAAGAUGUUAGCUACAUGAAAUUUGUACGCAAUGCUAGUGAGUUUCCAGAAAAAGAAGAAUAUGACUACAUAAUAGUAGGUGGAGGAACAACAGGAUGCCCAUUAGCUGCAACGUUAUCAAAAAAUUUCUCUACCCUCCUCAUUGAAAGAGGCAGUGAACCCAGUAAAUAUCCCUCUGUAUUGAACGAACAAGAGUUGUUAAACGUUUUCACUGUUGAAGAUGACGGUAAAAAUCCCUUCAACCGGUUCAUUUCCGAAGACGGUGUCGAGAACAUAAGAGGGCGGAUUCUUGGUGGCACCAGCAUGAUCAAUGGCGGCGUGUACUCGAGAGCGAAUCCAGAGUUCUUCAAAACACAAUUAGGGAUGCAAGAAUUGGACAUGGAAAUGGUGGAGAAGGCAUAUCAAUGGGUUGAAGAGGCUAUAGUGUAUAAACCAAGUUUGAAUCUUUGGCAAGCUGCUUUUAGAAGAUUCCUUGUUGAAGGUGGAGUUCAGCCUGAUAAUGGGUUUGAUUUAAGAGACAUUGUUGGGACUAAAAUUUCAGGUUCUAUCUUUGAUGAGAAUGGGAUUAGACAUGGAGCUGUGGAGCUUUUAAAUAAGGCUAAACCUACAAAUCUCAAAGUUGCUGUCCAGGCUACAGUUCAAAGAAUUCUCUUCUCUGGUUUAUCAGCAAGAGGAGUUUUGUAUUCAGAUUCAAAAGGAAAAUUACACACAGCAUUCAUCCGUGAAAAAGGAGAGAUAAUUCUAAGUGCUGGAGCUCUUGGAAGUCCUCAACUUCUCCUUCUAAGUGGGGUUGGCCCAAAAUCUUAUCUUUCGUCCUUAAAACUACGUGUCGUCCUUAAUCAACCACAUGUCGGUCAAUUCAUGUCGGACAAUCCCCGUUUUGGUAUCAUCUUAGCUCUUUCAUUUCGAUUAGCCUUCAGCUCUUCAAAAGUGAUAGGAAUUUCACAAAACAAUAGCUACUACUUCCAAUCCAUUGCUAGUACAACACCACUCUCAAUUCCACCAUUAUUUAGUAUUUUUCCUCCCAAUUCCACUUCUUUAACAACUACCAGCUUAGCCACCAUCGGCGGAAAAUUUUCUAAAAUUUCUUCUUUUGGCUCGCUUCACUUAAAUUCUUCCACUGAUGUGAAGAACAAUCCCAUUGUUCGAUUCAAUUAUUAUUCUCAUCCUGAUGAUCUUGCUAAAUGUGUUAGAGGAGUGAGAAAAGUGGGAGAUUUUCUUAAAACUCCAACCAUAGAAAAUAUUAAGACGAGGGAUCUGGAAGGUAAUAAGACGCUUCAAUUUGUAGGGCUUCCGUUGCCAGAAAAUUUGUCGGAUGAUACUUUAGUUGGAGAGUUUUGUAAGAAGACAGUUACAUCGUAUUGGCAUUACCAUGGAGGAUGUUUGGUCGGAAAAGUCGUCGACAGUAAUUAUAGCGUCAUCGGAAUUAAAAAUUUGCGUGUACUUGACGGCUCUACUUUCGCCGUCUCGCCUGGAUCCAAUCCUACUGCCACUCUUAUGAUGCUCGCCCGGUAUGUUGGCCUUCGGAUGCUGCAACAAAGAGGGGUGUAACAAAAUUCACUAUCUAGAUGGAGGUGGUGUUGUAUCUCUUAAGUAAUUUCUACUCAUUUGAAAUAAAAUCGAAUGUGUCGUUGAGAUAUUUCGAUGUACCUACUGAUCAGGUUACGUAUUUGUUUUUUUAAAAAAUUCUGCUCCAUUUGAAAUAAAAAUUAUAAAGAUAUAAUUUUCUUUAUCUUCCCUA